GCAGGGAUAUGGAAAAAUUGCUUUUGAAAAUAGUGCAGAAACAGACUUGGAAAAUACUUUGGUACCAUAUGGUCACCCUCUGCCAUUCCAUAAUGAAGCCCUGCCCCUCACAGGGAGCAAUGCACAGGCUGUGCACACUCAGCAGUGAAUACUGAGAUCUCUUCCUUCCAGGAUGCAACAGCCUCUCACUUUUCUUCAGCACAGAGAGGAAAAGCAAAGCUUCUAGGAAGGAAAUAUAACAUCAUGCUUUCUUCUCAGAGGAAGAGCAAAAGCUAGAAUUAAUCUGAUAAUUUGGAUGUUUUUCACAUCCACAUGGUUGCACUGAAUUAGGUGGUUGUGUCAUUUCUGAUAGGGUUUAUGUUUCAGUUCCCUAAAGCUUGCACUUCUUAUGGAUGAAUUACUGUUGACCUGAGUUCAAUCCUUUCCAUAAAAUCACUUGGGUUGUAAAAGUAAUGCUCUGCCCUUCUUCAGAAACACUGGAAAAGCAUUCAGGCAGGAUAAUAAAAGAUUCAGCAGAGCUUGUAGAUGAAAAUUAGGAAGAUGAGGCACUUAUGAUCAACUAGGCUUCACAACUACCCACAGGGGCACCAGAGGCAGCAUCCCCAGAUGUGUAAAGUGUCUCUGAGCACACCUUUCACCCAUGGAAAAUGUCUUCUUGCUGCCACAGCCCUUAUACAAAACCCAGUGAACAACCAUUGCUCUGUUACCUCUGGCUCUGCAGCAAGCCUUUAUCCUUCCACUCUUCCAAAAUCUCAUUCCUUUGCAGUCACUGUGGGUACAGCUGAAAUUUUAUUUUGCCCAGCCAGCAAAAGACACCACGAAGCAGUCAAUAAGAAGAGGACAGAAUGUGUCUCCCAGGAGAACAGCAGGAUGCCACGUCCUGCCCAGCCAGGGAGCAGGGCUCCAGUCACAGGGAAAGGGGGUUGCAAAAAGGGUCCAAAACAUGGCUGGAGGGUAUUCACACUCAUACCAUUGUUAAAUACCCUCAUCCCACAUCACAUCCAUUCCCAAAAAUGAAUACUGAUUUCCUAAGCCCAGAAACUGGGUGACUAGAAGUCCAUUUGGUGCAGGCAGAGCUUACAAAAACUAUUUCUUAGACUUUAUCCUCCUUUGUCCAGACUGACAAAGCCACUUACUGUUGUGGCCACCCAUCUGAGCCAUGGCACACCCAGAGACAGCAGCACCCCUACAGGGAUCUCACUGCACCCCCUUCCUUCCCUGCUGGCAUACAACAACUGGAAAACAGCCAUGGUUUGCAAAAGACAUGUGAAUGAUACAGUAGAUUUUUGAGUUUCUGUUGGUCUCCAGUCCCAGCAUUCCCAGAUCUUAUAUGGUUUCUCACCACCCUUUGAGGGGGAAAAAAAUGCCCACAAUAAAUUUCCCCCAGCCCUUCAAUAUGAGACUUGUAACUUGCAUUGUAGGCAAGCCUUAAAAAGCAGGGAGAUGAAUGUUUUCUCUCCCACAGUUUAAAGAGGAGAAAAAGCCUUGAGUAAUUUAUUGAUUUGUAAGGUAUAUUUUGUGGAAGCUCAAGCAAGUCCAAAACUAGAAUAGGGAUCAGUGAGACUAUCGGUCCAACUAUAAUUCUACUGUUACCAUCUCAUUUCUAUCUCCUUUCCCUCUUCCAGCCUUGCAAAGGAAAAUAGCUUCAAAGUCCUAUACCUGUUACUUCUGAAGGCUCAUUCCCUUGUUUUCUUGUGAAGAACUGUAGAAAAGCCUUUCUGAGAAAACUUCAAACCAGACACCAAACAGAGACAGAAAAACUGCUCUUUCAAGCUCAGAAAGUUAAGGAAAAGGCUGUUGCAAAUCAAAAUCCUCAACUAAAGUUUCUCCAGUCAACAAAACAUCAGUCUAUCUUCUUCUUGAAAGAUUAUCUUACUUAACAAAUGAUCAGUUUAAACUUGAAAUUCACAUGCAGUAUAGAAUGGCUGAAGUCUGAAAGUACUGAAGGAAUCAUGGAGUUGGGUUUUUGGCAGUAUCCAGUGUUGCUAAGGCUGAUUGAAUUCCUACUACCAGUCCUACUCCCAAAGGCAGCUUUUCUAAGCUGAUUCCUGACACAGGAGAUGGUAACUGCUACGGGUAAAGAUCAUCUUUAAAAGGGAACAUGGAUUUAAUAAACUCAACUGAACAAAACAGUACAUCAGAAGAACCUUUCAAAUGGGCAACAUCCAAGAUUCUCAUUUCCAUUACCCUGUCUGUGCUUGCUCUAAUGACAACGGCCAUCAAUUCUCUCGUGAUGACUGCAAUAAUUGUGACAAGAAAGCUCCACCACCCCGCCAACUAUCUAAUCUGCUCUCUUGCAGUGACUGACUUCCUUGUGGCAGUCCUGGUUAUGCCCUUCAGCAUUGUCUACAUCGUAAAGGAGACCUGGAUCAUGGGGCAGGUGGUGUGUGACAUUUGGCUGAGCGUGGACAUCACAUGCUGCACUUGUUCCAUCUUGCACCUCUCUGCCAUUGCUUUGGACCGGUACAGAGCGAUCACAGAUGCUGUGGAAUAUGCCCGGAAAAGGACACCAAAGCACGCUGGCAUCAUGAUAGCAGUUGUUUGGAUCAUAUCCAUUUUUAUCUCCAUGCCACCUUUGUUUUGGAGGCACCAGACAACCAGCAGGGAGGAUGAAUGCAUCAUCAAACAUGACCACAUAGUUUUCACCAUUUACUCCACAUUUGGCGCCUUCUACAUCCCACUGGCCUUGAUCCUGAUCCUUUACUACAAGAUCUACAAAGCAGCAAAGACAUUUCACAGGAGAAGCGUCAGCCGGAUAGUGAGGGAGGAGGGGGUGAAUGGACAAGUCCUUUUGGACGCAGGUGAAAGAAGCACCAAAUCAGCUUCAAUGCCCAGCACAACAGAGAAAACCUCAGAUCCCCUGGUGAGCUCUGAUAAAAUCAACAUCACCCUACGAAGUCCCAGGUCUGAAUCCAAGCACGAGAAGUCCUGGAAAAAACAGAGAAUCUCCAGCACGAGAGAGCGAAAGGCAGCAACAACGCUGGGUUUGAUCUUGGGGGCAUUUGUGAUCUGCUGGCUCCCAUUUUUUGUAAAAGAAGUAGUUGUUAACACCUGUGAAACAUGUCACAUCUCAGAAGACAUGUCUAAUUUCCUAGCAUGGCUGGGAUAUAUAAACUCCCUUAUUAACCCUUUAAUCUACACAAUCUUUAAUGAAGAUUUCAAGAAAGCCUUCCAGAAGCUUGUACGGUGCGGGCAAUACCUUUAAGAGCUUUUGUUCAUAUGAGGAGAACACAGUCAUUAUUUUUUAACCUGUAUAAAUUUCUAUAACUGAGAUGGCAUUUGUUGUAUUUAAGGCAAAGCACCAGGACUCUGCAUUUACAUUAUAAUGACUUCUUUUGUAUAGGUAAUAUUUAGAGCAUUAAUUGCCCAAGUUUUAAAGAGAUGGAUCAUCUGGGAUUGGUUUUGCUCUAGAAAAAGGGGUAGCUGUGAUCCAGCUGGGAUUUGCACAGCUGCCUAGCUUGAAGCAUAAGGUAUUACCUUAAAAAUGAAGGAAAUAUGCAUUUGAAAUAGAGAAGGAAACAAAACUUUUUUUAAAAGUAACCCUCAGUCAUCAAUGAAAUGUUAAGUAAAACAACUUACACAUUUUAAACCCUACUGAUAUAAGAUAGAAAAUACAUCAUAGAAUGACAACAUGAUUUUAACAAUCGGGCACAGGCCUGCAGCAUAGAGCCAAGCCAUUCACAGUCAAGGGUAGUAGCUUUAAAUAUAUCUACAAUCAUCCUAAGCCAGUGAGCUGCAGCCCUGCCUUGUCCCAUAGGUGAACUUCCCUGUGUUACACAGCACUCCAGCAGCAGGCACAGGGCUUUCAUGAGUUACCAGUUUUAUAGCAAGCCAGUGUUGGGAGCCCUCUGCCAUGGCACACCCACAGCAGAUGUGAGCAUAAGCCCAAGGGAAACCGCCAACAAUCUGGGGCACCUCCAGUGAGCUGGGUGAACGGAGUGCCUGGUGCUCGGAGAUACCACUUCUGUGGGAAAGGGAAGGCUCUUAAAGAGCAGACGGUUCUCCUUGUGGAGAUAUUAGAAGGGAGAGAAGCAGGAAACAAAGAGGCACUCCUUUCUCCAUGUCCUCACACCUGGCCAGGCACAGAACCUGUGACCUGCAGCACCAAACCAGCCACAGCUCAUACCAGGGCUGACCACUUCUGACAGAGGGUGGCUUAGUGAGGUUUGAAGAACUGGAGCUUACAGCCCCAGCUCAGCAAGUUCAGCCCUCCAUCCUCAGAAGCCUGAUGGCCCUAAACCUUUUCUCAACUGCCCCAUGCACCAGGGCUGUGCUCCCUUUCCAAGCAAGUGAGAAAGCACAAAAGUGCUGGCAGUGUGGGUCUCUGGAAAAGGCUGUGCAGCACCUUCUGCAGCAGGGGAAGAGGGAUUGACCUCAGUACGCACUGCACACCUAGGCAGGGAAUCCUGUGGAGUACUCACUGAGAAGCUCACCUCUAAACCCCUCCUGUCCCCAGAGCACCCAUCCAUAUCCCCAUUCCCAGAAGAGUUAAAAAGGCAUUACAGGAACUCCAGCCCACCCUAACUUAUUUAGUCAAAGAUGUCCUCUAUGAACAAAUUCCUCCCAAGGCCUGAAAGAUGGCAGCUUGGCCAAUCCUGACUGAUACAUUCUAGAUGCCAAGCCAUUAAGUUGUUAAGAGCCACACCAAAGCCCAGGCUUUGCACUUUUCAGGACAAACAGAUUCAGGCUGUGUCACUAAGAGCCCAGAUUCAAAUUCUUUGUCAGACAUUCAGUGCUGCUUCACAGGAACAGAUACUUGAGGCUCCUUACAGGGAUUACAAACUCCACAGCAGCAACCUCCUGCAAAGGUUCUCCAGUUUGGCACCUGGGCCACCAGCCUAGGGACACCACAAAGGAACUGAGAAAGGACAGCACCAUGGUCACCUUUAGCUGGGGAAAGGUGUCACUGGCCCUUGCAAUUGUUCUUCCAAGAGACUUUCAGUGGUUUGUAUUAGACAAAAAAAGAAAAACACAGAAAAAAAGUCAACACUGUCAUUUGUCUCUCCCCCUCUCCCUCCUCUGUAUUACAAACUCUGGAGUUUGUAAUAAUUUUUGUAUUUUCCCCACUGGCUACCAGUUAACACAACAGCUGUCAAAAGGGUUUCCUGCAAGAUGACGAGGUUUAAAACUUGAGAUACUGGACUAAUUUGUUUCUGUUACUUGCAACUUACUGUAUUCUGCUUUCACAUCAAGGUCCAAAUGAAAUGCAAUUCAGAAUUAGCAGAAACAGUGCAUUUGCUUGGUUGUUGAUUUUAACACAGCCAGAAAUCUAAUGGAAAGCUCACUUGUCAUACCAUGGAGCUCAGCACAGCAGUGGCACAGCUAAAUUUUGAAGAUACUGGGAUGCGACAGAGCGGAAUUGGCUCAUGCUCAGUGCAAGCCAGCACACUUUAUUACCAUUGCAGUCAGAGCACAGCCUCUGCAGCCCCCAUGACCUCAGCACUGCCUGCAUUAUGCAGAGAGAAAAAAUUGCUCUCAGCAUCAGCUGUGCUCUGCUGUCUCCAGAAAGAGCCAUGAAUUUUAGCUUUCCAAAAGGAUUAGCAGAUUAGUAGGAGGCAGUACAGAAAACCCCACAAAAUCGUUCACUCUUGAAGACCUCUGUUUCCCACAUUUCCUGAGUCAUAAACCUGGGUGUCUUGGUGGAAUCCAUUCCUCUCCCCCCACCUCUCCCUUUAUGGCUGCUGGAGUACAGACUAUAUUGUUUAUCCUCUUACUUGUAAGACGUUUGACAAUAUCUUGUAAAAUCAAAUUGGAAGGAAAAAUAGGGGCUGCUUUUCAGGAGAAAAGAUACUUAAAAUACUCAUUUAAAUAAUAAUGAGUGAAGAUCAAAGAAGGAACCAUAUGUAGAUAAACAGAAAAUAGCUGUCAUUUAUGCACUGUUAACAGUAUUAUACUCUGAAACUAAUUAAGCUGCUAAACAUUUCUCAAGAUGCAGGGUGGUUUCUUUUGUAUCGUUUUCACCGAGCUGUAUCUGCUCACCCUUCAACACAGAGGUGGGAGAGGCAACUACAAGAAAUCUGAUCGAACAAGUGGGAAGUUAUUCCAUUAAAAGCACUUGCGGCUUGUGGACCAUCA